GGGGGCGGGCUCGGGUGCGGGCUCGGCGGGGGCUGCGGCUUCAGGUAAAUCGCCAGCUUGCGGCGACACAUAUGGGGAAUCCUUGAGUAGGUGGAUUCGGGGACGCACCGGGACCCAGUGCUGCGCUGCGUUUCCAGCCCCACUGCGGGCUCUGCGGGCUGCGACGGAGCGGGCGCCUUGUCCUCUGGUCGGGACCCCUCCCACACUGGGAGCCCCAGGGCACCUCUGACAGCUGCUGCAGGAAACAUGGCCAAGUUUGCCCUGAAUCAGAACCUGCCUGACCUGGGCGGCCCCCGCCUGUGCCCGGUCCCCGCCGCCCGGGGCGCCCGCAGCCCCAGCUCGCCCUACUGGGUGGAAACACCCUAUGGCUUCCACCUGGACCUGGACUUCCUCAAGUACGUAGAGGAGCUGGAGCGUGGCCCCGCCGCCCGCCGCGCCCUGGGACCACCGCCCGCGCGUCCUCCCCGCGCGCCCCGGCCCAGCCUCGCGGGCGCACGUAGCCCAGGCGCCUGGACAUCCAGCGAGUCCCUGGCCAGUGACGACGGUGGAGCACCGGGCGUACUCUCCCCAGGCGCGUCCUCCGGGCUCCUGGUGCCGUCGCUGUCACCGUGCGCUCCCGUGCGCAACCCGCGCGUCGAGCACACGCUCCAGGAGACCAGCCGGCGGCUGGAGAUGGCGCAGGCGCACGAGCGCUCGCCCAGCCCUGGCCGCGGGAUCCCACGCAGCCCAUGCGGGUCUGGCCGCAGCAGCCCAGCCCCUAACCUCGCGCCCGCCUCGCCCGGCCCCGCCCAACUGCAGCUGGUGCGAGAGCAGAUGGCUGCGGCGCUUCGGCGCCUGCGCGAGCUCGAGGACCAGGCGCGCGCGCUGCCAGAGCUGCAGGAGCAGGUGCGCGCGUUGCGCGCGGAGAAGGCGCGGCUGCUGGCUGGGCGCGCGCAGCCUGAGCCCGACGGGGAGGCCGAGGGGCGCCCGGACAAGCUCGCCCAGCUGCGGCGCCUCACCGAGCGCCUGGCCACCUCCGAGCGCGGCGUCCGUGCCAAGGCCAGCCCCUGGGCUGACAGCUCAGAUGGCCUGGCUGCAGGGCAAAGCGAGGGCGCGGUCCAGGUCCUCGACGCGUCAGUCGUGAUCCUAGAUGGGACGCCCCGGAUUCGGGAGGUGGCUGCCGAGGCCGUGCCCGAGACCCGAGAAGAGGGUGCCCAGGCUGUGCCGGAGACCCAGGAGGCCGGUGUGGAGGCGGUCCCCGAGACCGUUGAGGCGGACACGUGGGUGACCGAGGCGCUGCUGGGGCUGCCUGCGGCCGUCGAGCGCGAGCUGGAGCUGCUGCGUGCCAGCCUGGAGCACCAGCGCGGGGUGAGUGAGCUUCUGCGGGGCCGGCUGCGGGAGUUGGAGGAGGCCCGCGAGGCUGCGGAGGAGGCGGCAGCGGCGGCCACGGCCCGUGUCCAGUCCUGCGAGGCCACCACCCAGACCCCGUGGAGCUGUGCCCAGAAGGCCGCACAGACUGAGCCCCUGGCAGAGGCGUCCUUCCUGACUCAGGAGGGCCCGCCGAGAUCCACGGAGAGAGACAGAGCCGUGGCCACUGCGGGCAUCCUCAAAUCCAUCAUGAAGAAGAGAGACGGCACACCUGGUGCCCAACCCAGCUCUGGACCCAAGAGCCUGCAGUUUGUUGGGGUCCUCAACGGAGAGUACGAGAGCUCCUCCAGCGAGGACGCCAGCGACAGCGAUGGCGACAGCGAGAACGGAGGUGCCAAGCCCUCUGGGAGCUCCUCGGGUUCUGGGGAUGACAGCGGCGGGGGAUCCGACUCCGGCACCCCUGGUCCUCCCAGCGGCACAGACAUCCAGGACCCUGAGCCUGAGGCGGAGGCAGAGUCUCAGCCGGUGGCACAGGGGAGGUGCGAGCUGAGCCCUCGUCUGAGGGAGGCAUGCGCAGUGCUGCAGCGGCAGCUGAGUCGGCCCCGAGGAGUAGCCCGCGACAGCGGCGCAGUGCGCCUGGUGGCCCAGGAGUGGUUUCGAGUGUCUAGCCAGCGGCGCUCUCAGGCGGAGCCCGUGGCAAGGAUGCUGGAAGGGGUGAGGAGCCUGGGGCCCGAGCUGCUGGAGCACGUGGUGAACCUGGCGGAUGGCAACGGGAACACGGCCCUUCACUACAGUGUGUCCCACGGGAACCUGGUCAUCGCGAGUUUGCUCAUGGAUACGGGGGUCUGUGAGGUCAAUCGCCAGAACCGGGCUGGCUACUCGCCUCUCAUGCUGGCUGCACUCACCUCUGUGGGGCGGGAGAAGGAGGACAUGGCUGUGGUCGAGAGACUCUUCUGCAUGGGCAAUGUCAAUGCCAAGGCCAGCCAGACGGGGCAGACAGCCCUCAUGUUGGCCAUCAGCCAUGGCCGAAAGGACAUGGUGGCAGCCCUGCUGGCGUGUGGGGCUGACGUGAAUGCACAGGAUGCGGAUGGGGCCACAGCGCUGAUGUGCGCCAGCGAGUAUGGGCGCCUGGACACCGUGCGGUUGCUGCUCGCCCAGCCAGGCUGCGACCCUGCCAUCCUGGACAAUGAAGGCACCAGUGCCCUGGCCAUUGCCUUGGAGGCUGAGCAGGAUGAGGUGGCCGCUCUGCUACAUGCCCAUCUGAGCUCAGGCCAGCCCGACACCCAGACACAGUCAUCCCCUGGCUCCCAGAGUGCCACACCUGGUGAAGGAGAAUGCAGUGACAAUGGAGAGAACGCCCAGGCUCAGUGAGCUGCCCCAUCUGGCUCACUACACCUGGCUGUGUGAAGAUCUCCUCAGUCACCUCAGCCUUUGGCACACAGAAGGGUACAGAGUCCUCUGCUCAGAGGCUAACACCGGCAGAAGAGAAAGGUGGUUUCGGUUGGGGUGACUGUGGCAGGAAGGGGCUCACCCUGACCUCACCGAGGUGAAGUGGGGACCAAGGAAACGUCUUUGCUAAUAAAACACUCCUACUA